AUGGGAAGGAAUGGUGUGAAAGGUAUCAACUCUAAGGUGAUGGCCCAGCUGCUUAAGAGUGCAAUCAUCGAUGAAAGAAGAGGAAGUGAUACAGGAGAAAACAUCAACAUUGGAAGUUUCAAAGAAGAUUUUGGAAAAAAAAUAAUGGAUGACCAAGAAGAUGAACAGAGGAGGAUGAUUCUAGAGGUUGAGGAAGGUCAUUGUAAUGCUCAAAUUGCUAGUUGGGUAUCUUCUGACCGGAAUGGUUCAAUGGGUAUCUUGGAGGUUCCUAGUUCAACGUUUUUAAGUGUCAAGCAGGGAGGCGUUCGUGACCCAAAUUUGAGUGCUGACAAAUGUCAUGCCACUGUUAACCAUGAUCCUAGAGUCUCGAAUGCUAUAUCAGAUAGGGCCAUUGUGUGUUUUGGUUAAGAAAGAAAAGGGAUGAAUUCGGGGAUAGGCAAAGAUGGUAGUGAACAAACUGAAUGUUGUGUGUCCAAUGAUUAGAAAUGGAUAGUUCAAAAGACAUUCUUGGAAAAAUGGAUUUGUCUUUGGUCCCUAAAAAAAGAAAAGUAAGAAAAAAGCAGAUGGAAAGAGUGCGAGGAGGAGGGGAAUUAGAGAGUUAAAGAAUCUAUAU